GCACUUUCCACUUUUCUCUUUCAUUUCUGAUCCUAGUAUUCGCCUCGCAAUUAUCAUGGCUGGUGUGUCGUUAUCCAGCGACAUUGUGACUCUCACAGAGACCGUGAAGUUGAGAAAGGAAUCCAUUGAUGAGACUGCCCGAAUUGAAGCUCUAAAUGCCGCGAAAGGCUUGGUAGAGGCACUGUCCUCUCCUGUGGAAAAGGCCAUCCAGGAUGUAUCAGUCAACAUAGUCACCCCUAUGGCGCUUCGCAUGGGUGUCCAGCUGGGCGUUUUCACAUCAAUCAACGACCCCAAUGUCGAAGGAAUCACUACCAAAGAGAUUGCAGAAAAGGCCGGGGCUAGUCCGAUUGUCGUCGGCCAAGUCAUGAAAGUCCUGUCAGCCACAGGCUACGUUCUUGAAGCGGGGGUACAGCUGUACAAGCCCUCUGCUCUGACCACCGUCAUGGCAGAUCCAAUUAUGGAGGCUACAACCAGAGCAACCUUCGAUAUCGGUCAACCCUGCGCUACGUACGGGCCCGAAUUCUUUCGCCGCAACGGCAACCAGUUCCCAAGCUGUGUAGAAGACACUCCAUUCCAACUCGCACAGAAGACUAAACUCAGCUACUGGGACUGGCUGGGACAAAAUACUUCAUUGGCGCAGGACUUCCAGCAGUUCAUGACGAUCAAACAGCAGAAGACGCCUUGCUGGGCUGACUGGUUCGAUGUUAGCGGUAUUAUCCUCGAUGGGUUCAGGAAAAACGAGGAACACAGUACGAUGCUCGUGGAUAUUGGCGGCGGUGAGGGACACUAUACCAUCGCCUUUAAGAGUAAGUUUCCUGAUGCAGGUCGGUGCAUUCUGCAGGACCUCCCUCAUGUCAUCUCAAGUAUAACCAAUGCCCCGGACGCCACCGAGUUAAUGGCCCAUGACUUCUUCCAGCCCCAACCGGUAAAAGGCGCAAGGGUGUACUAUCUCCAUUGGAUAUUACAUGACUGGUCUGAUACUCAGGCACGGGAAAUCCUACUUCAAAUUGUCGACUCCAUGGAACCGGGGUACUCACGUUUGGUUAUUAACGAGAACAUCAUCCCGGAUACAGAUUGUGACUACAAUCUAGCUUGCUUAAGUAUGUUAAUGAUGGUUCAGGUUGGGGCUUUGGAGAGAACAGAGUUGCAGUGGCGCGAGUUGCUACAUUCAGUGGGACUGACAGAUAUAUCAUUUCAUCAACCUCCAGGCGGUCCAGGGAACGGUGAGGGUGUUAUUGUUGCUGUGAGGUAAUGAUUUAGUUAGUUAAUUCCUGUAGUGUUGACUAAUUCGACUUAUAUUAAUCCAGUCAA